AUGUUUAAAGCUGCUCUCAACGGUCUUCACAUAAACUGUGGUGGUGAUCAAGUGUCUAUAGACGGGACAACAUACGAAGCUGAUAAAUACGACAGACUAGAGAGUUUAUACGAAAGUCAAAACGGAUGGUUCUCAAGCAACAUAGGAGUCUUCUUAGACGACAAACAUGUUCCCGAUGAGAGAGUAACCAUCGCUUCUAACUCAUCCGAGCUCCAUGCUCUAGACUCUGAGCUCUAUACGCAAGCUCGCCUCUCAGCCAUCUCACUCACUUACUAUGCAUUGUGUCUUCAAAAUGGAAACUACGACGUUAAUCUCCAUUUCUCCGAGAUUAUGUUCACCAGUAACAACACUUAUCAAAGCUUGGGUAGACGAUUCUUCGACAUAUACAUUCAGAGAAAGCUGGAGGUGAAGGAUUUUAACAUUGUUGAGGAGGCAAAAGGGAAAGGAACUUCGGUUAUCCCCAUAGAUGGUGUUUAUGGUCCUCUCAUCUCUGCUAUAUCAGUUGAUCCAAAUUUCGAUCCACCACCUAGUAUGAGUACUACUAUCCAUGUAGUUGUAGUGAUGGCCAACCUUUUGAUUCUGUUUCUCUUAAUUCUUCUUGUUUUUAUCUGCAAAAGAAAUCGCUUGAGAUCAACUACUCAAAUGGAAAAAGAUUUAAAGAGUUUAGAUCCUAUGAUUAAUUCUUUCUCGUUGAAGCAAAUCAAAACCGCUACAAACAACUUUGAUUCCGCAAAUAGUAUUGGAGAAGGCGGUUUCGGUACUGUAUACAAGGGGAAGUUGUUAGAUGGAACAAUAAUUGCGGUGAAGCAGCUCUCGACAGGAUCAAAACAAGGGAACCGAGAGUUCUUGAAUGAGAUUGGAAUGAUCUCAGCUCUUCACCACCCAAAUCUUGUCAAGCUAUAUGGAUGUUGUGUUGAAGGAGAUCAGCUUUUGCUAGUCUAUGAGUUUGUGGAAAACAACAGCCUCGCUCGAGCAUUGUUUGGUCCUCAAGAAACUCUGUUGAGGUUGGAUUGGCCAACAAGGAGGAAGAUCUGCAUCGGUGUAGCGGAAGGACUAGCAUAUCUCCACGAGGAAUCGAGGCUAAAGAUUGUGCACAGAGACAUCAAAGCCACUAACGUAUUGCUGGAUAAAGACUUGAAUCCGAAAAUAUCAGACUUUGGUCUUGCCAAGCUUAAUGAAGAGGACAACACUCACAUUAGCACUAGAGUUGCUGGAACAUUCGGUUACAUGGCUCCAGAGUAUGCCAUGAGAGGCCAUUUGACGGAUAAAGCUGAUGUUUACAGCUUUGGAGUUGUAGCUCUAGAGAUUGUUCAUGGAAGAAGUAAUAAGAUAGACAAAUCCAGUAACAACAACACUCUCUACCUUAUUGAUUGGGUGGAAGUUUUGAGGGAGCAGAAUAAUCUGUUGGAACUGGUGGAUCCGAGACUAGGAUCAGACUACAACAAAGAAGAAGCAAUGGUCAUGAUCCAAGUCGUGAUAAUGUGUACAAGCCCGGAUCCGAGUGACAGACCAUUGAUGUCUGAAGUGGUAAAGAUGUUGGAAGGCAAGAAGAUAGUGGAGAUGGAGAAGCUUGAAGAAGCUUCAGUCCAUAGAAAAACAAAGAGACUUGAGAGCAUGAACACUAUGAAGAAGUACUACGAAAUGAUAGGGAAUGACGAGGCAAGUACUAGCAUUAGUAUGACCAUGACUGAUCAAAGUACUACACCAGAGCACUAA